CAAAAUGGCCGACUGCGGUGACAAAGAAUCAAUGCAAGUUUUCAGCUGUUGCAAGAUAUUCUCACGCUACAGGCAGUUCCUGGCAUACAUGCAGUGAUUCAAAUGCUUCGUUAUGCCCAGAAGGAAAAAUCAAGGCGGAAAUGUAAACAGCGUUGACGCAGAUUCAGCACAAAAUGUGGCUCGCAACCAAAGCGCUGAGUUGCCGUCGCGUGACACCACUCUGCGUGAAUUACAGAGUAUGUUUGCUGGUUCAGUCGAUCCCGAAGUAGUUCAGCUGGUACUGUCAGAAAGCAACUACAAUGGUAGGCAAAUCAUUGUUGAUGUAAAGAGUACAUUGUCAAUUUUUAAUGCUUUUUCUCCUGGUGCUUCAAGACCAAACUUAUCGGAUAUGUAUCGAAAGUAAGGUUAACUCGUUUCGGUACGAACUUUAAUACAAGUUGCAAGCAGUGAAAAUGCACAAGAAUUUCGAUCACUUAAAGUAUAGAUAGCGUACGAACAUGAAUAACCUGGCGUGAAUUUUCUAUAAUCCAAAUACGCUAACUAUUAACUUACACCUUGACUGAACAGACUUAUAUCGAAACGACUUUAUAUCGAAACAACCGUUUAGCUGAAUUUACACAAUGUAAACAGUCACAGCUCGUCCGGAAAGUAAAUAGACAAAAGAGAGGGCCAUAUUGUUACAAGGAGAAGUGAUUAGAGAGUGAAUUGACAUAGUGAUUACUUUUCACUAUAAAACCUUUAGGCCCUAAGUGUGAUCACACCUUGGAAUCAGGAGAUAAACUAGAAAGGGAUAACCUCUUUUAUCUCCUUUUCACUUUCCGAUUUGGAUUUGUGAAUAAACAGCUAUUAUUAUUAUUAUUAUUAGAAUCAAAUUUCUCCUUGCUAUAUCAGUUUUUUUCACUGAGGGUCGGAAAGGAGGUUCUCCGUGAACCGUGAACGCCUAUUUUUAAUUGCCGUGAAUCGUGAACGAAAGAAUUUAUUUAUCGUGAUCCGUGGACAAAAUUUAUCUCGUGAUUCGUGAAAUAACUAAUUUAUUUCUUGAGAUUCAUGAGCAUGGUCUAUAAUUAGCCAAUUUUUCGUCAAAUGUUCAACAUAAACUUUCAAGGAACUUGAUAAAUCAAGGUCAAGUCUGUCAACAAAGAUGAACGAAAUGCCCCGCACAUCCUAAACAUGUCUAGACGUCACAUGAUCAUCAGACUUGCACACAUAACUAAUUCAUGACGUGCGAGCGAAAAUUUAAGCACGAACAGUGAGGGAAGUGUUUUUCAAGUUUUGGAAGGUGUUUUCUAUCAUGUGGAUCCAACAACAUCUUCAAAUACAAUGAAUGUGUUUGUUGGCAGCAAAGAGCAUGUACGUAUUCCUUUAUCGGGAAAGCACUGCUCUUUGCCGGCAUUUGUGAGGCACGUGGUAGAACAUGGAGGCCUCAGGCAGGGAGCUGAAAAACGAGGCCUUGGGUUCAGCAUUGAUAUAAAAUUGUGCUGCUUAGAAAUAGGACUAGAUGGCAACAAGGUCUAUGCAAUAAAUAUAUUGUUCUUGCACAUGCAUGCACUACACUAAAGGCUUGCAAAUAAUGAAGUGUAGGCCAGUUCUGCUUGUGUACAGUACAGCAUGCAGUUGUGAAUUAUAAUUUUUGUAAUUAAGUAUUUUAGGCAUUUGUAUGCAUAAUUCAAAAUGGUUGACACCUCAGUUGUGCAAUACUAAAUGGGUGACAAAUAAAAUCAAACGCUGAAUUUUGCGUGAUUCAUGAAAGGUCUGUUUAAAUUCCCGUUAACCAUGAAAUUUCAAUUUUAAUUCCAGUGAACCGUGCAUGCACCCCCCCUCCCCUUUCCAACCCUCAUGAGUGCUUUUUCACAGCUUUUCCCCACUAUCUCUCUAGGCAAAUGAACAUGUAUAAAGACUACAGAGGCAACAAGUAAGGGAUCAUAUUUUGACAAUAGGGUUUUAGGGUUUAACACGUAUGUGUUGUAGUUAAUUUUUCCUCUCAGGUAAUUUUCGUUUCUCUUUUGUUUUUGGGUGUGGUAAUGUAAGCUAAUGAGGUUACUAGAAGCAAAGGAAAAAUGAAAAUUAACUAGAAAAAAAAUUAACUACAACAAGUACACUCAAUUCAACUGCAUAAACAAGCAACAUUUGUCAGAACUUUCUUCCUUUCCUAGCAAAUGAUGCCAUAGAAAAGCUGUUUGUUUUGGGUGGCACAGAGCAAGACCUAAAAGAAGAGAAAUGUGCUUCCGAGAAGAAAACAGAUCAUGAACUCAGGCCAUUUUCUAAAACCUUUGGAACCCAUGGUGAAACACAUGCCCAAAAAACUGUGCCGUCUUCUACGUUACCAUUAAGUCCAGUUCCCUGUGAGAGAAAUCAAGCACAAACACACCCAGAAAGUUUUCCUGGUACCGCAAGCUCUACUACUCUUUCAUCAGGCUUGCCAGAUUUCCCUGACAGCAUUUCACAGCAGUAUAAAGCAUUAAAAAGUCAAGAAAAAGUGUCCUUGAAUUUCGACUCAACACCUCAUGAAAAACCUUCAGCACACAGCACAAACACAAGGCCUCCACUCAUUCAACAGGUUAUUUGUAGUAGUGAAUCUUUAGGGAUAAAUAAUGCUGGUGAAGAGAGCAAACCUACAGGAACCUUGGAGCCCUUUCUCAAGCAAAAUAUGUCACAGAGGGCUACCACAGACAAGUGCAAAAGUACGUCUCUUGAUAAUGCUGAACAACAGAGAUUAGAUUGGGAACCAAGCACAAAGAAAAUGUACAGUGGUGACUUUUUGACCCAUACAGAUAUGUUUCAGGAUAAAAGGCAAAAGCCAUGCAAAGAGAGGACUUCAAAUAUAUGCCAUCCACAAAAUGUGCAAAGUAUGCCAUCUGCAAAAACUCAGAGUGUUGGGUUGUCCAAUAAUUCAUUUAAUUCUCCCAAGACUCUACCAAGUUAUGGUGCAAAUAAACCUCAUUUUCGACCAGUAUCAAACAGCACACAGCAGUUGCCAAAUCAUGGCACUUUCAACAGUUUACCAGUAACAAAGGAAUCUAUGUUUCACCCUCCUGCCAUACAAAGGCAGGUUCAACCAUUUGUGACACCUCUGGGUUUUGGCCAGGUGAUUCAAGGCAAUACUUCACAACCAAGGUUUGGUUUAAUGCCAGUGACAUCAUCACAAUGGCAACAGGGACCUCAGAGAGCUUUAGUUAGGGGACAAGUUCUCCUACAGUACCCUCAAGGGAAUUGUCCUGCUUACCAGCCUCCUUUCUUCCUGGGAAGAGGUUUGUGGAUUUAUGUUGUUUUCUACCUUUUCUUGGUAGCUAGGGUUUGUAUUACUCCUCAAACUUUUAUGUACCCCUGGAAAACUUCUAGCAUUUUUUACUUUUAGAUAAAUAAUAUAGUACACUAAAUCUUGUAGUAUGUGGCUUAAGACUAGACACGAUUAUCAUUCACAUGUAACUUUUUAGUCAGGAUAAUUAAUUGACAUAUUGAAAACAUUAAUUUUUUUGUUAGUUCAAGUUAUGGAUCUUGGAUUUUUCUUGAAAUUUACUUGAUCUAGUACAUGUAGUUGUAUGCUGGAAAAACCCUGCCCUUUCAUUCUUUAUGAUGGUACUAGACAUAUUGGUUUGUUGUUUUGCACAUUGGUUAAGAUUUGGUAAAAUUUCUUUUAGACCUUAUAAGUUUAAAACUGUGCGACCAAACAGGCCCGGAUGAUGAUACUUAAUCCAAGGAAUAUGACUAAAAUACUUACCAAAAUCAACAAUAACUCCCCUUGGGGAGUUGUUGUUUUAUUGAAAUGAUUAUCAGGGACACCAUAUUUAAACAUCUAUAUAGUCUUAUAUGGCAGCAACAUGGCCUGUCGGCCCCUCAUUAAGUGGGUCGGAAUUUAGUUACCUUUAUUUGAAUUAAUUUACUAGUUUGGUUAGUGUGUCGUUUCCACCAUUUGCUUGGUGUAAUAAGAUAGUAUUUCAUUAAAGGAGGCCAACUUUCAGCUGCGACCAGGUCUCCAAAACAAGCGUCUACAAGUGUGCAAAUGCCAUUUUCGCCAGUCAUUCAUCAGAGGCUGCUUAUUUUGAUCCGAGGAUUACCAGGAAGUGGAAAGUCUACACUUGCACUGUGAGUGUUUACCUCUGUCACCAGAAAAAUGUUUAGAAGCACUUUUUCAGUUAUAUAUUUUUGGCCCUUUCCUUUUGGUGCAGCUGAACCUCUAGAAAUAGUGAUCUCUUUUCAACUGCCACCCCCCCUACCCUCCAACCCUAGCCCCUCCCCCCACACCCCAAAAUGCCAACUUUGUUUGGUCCCAAAGGAUACAUCCUCUCCUCUUUUAACCUCUGUGCAAUGACUAGCUUUCUACAACAGCCAUCUUUUGAGUCCCUAUGGUAGUGGCAUUAAGGUGGAGGGAUUUAUAACUGAAGGCAAGAAAUAAGCCCUCGCAGUACCAUUAGGCUCCAACAUACAGUGGAACCCCAUUGAUACGGUCACCAAUGGGCCAAAAAAAAUUUGGCCGUAAUAACAAGGUGACUGUACUAACAAGGGUUUCUUUAUGAGAAACUGUAUGGUCGUUUUUGCCAGGUGGCCAAAAAAAGUGGCUGUAAUAACGAGGUGACCGUAUUACCAAGGUGGCCAUAAGGCGGGGUUCCACUGUACAUUGUUUUUGCCAGGUGAGACAGUAGGCCUCCACCUUAUCACAGGGUUUGUAUCUACCACUGUACAAUUUAUGUACAUUUAGCCAUGAUGUUGACAUGUUACAAUUCUGCAUUCUUGUAAUGAUUUCAUCGUAGAAAACUGAAAGGUGCCCAUGGUGUUGUGCUCUCAACAGAUGACUUCUUUUACAGGAAUCAAAGGUAUGUUUGAUUUUUUUGCAUGCAUUCUAUUUCUCUCGUGUCCAUCUCUGCUGGCACUGUAUUGCAUAAGUGUUUGGAGAUCGACCUAUCCUUAUUUGAAACGCCUUGUUAAAAACUGCUGUAAUAAUGAGCUGUAAGAAUCAUCCCUGAAUCUUGUUAUAAUGCUCAUAAUAGCACCAAUAAUAAUGAACCUUUCCAUAACUACUACUAAUAUGUAUCUAGCAGAAAUAGGUAAACUAAUAAUGUUUCGUUAUAAAACUGGAUUGUCACCAGAUAUAUUUCAAAACACUUUAUAGGCAAAAAAAUUGAGCCUAGGUUAAUUGUAACCUGAAUUCAAUUUUGACCUGUAACAUAUAAGUUUGUAUUUUGCGAUAUUGCAAUAUUGCAAUAUUGCAAUAUUGCAAUAUAAUCAGGCAAAACGUGCCAGCUUAUGGCUGGUUCCUUGUUGCUGAUACAUUAGCAUGCAAUAACCUUUCUCAAAAUGGCAUGGUGUGUACUGGUUCAUUAAUUUCUUUGAUUCUUCAUCGAUGACAUUUUAGGUAUGAAUUUGAUGCAAUGUUACUGAGUGAAGCUCAUGAAUGGAAUCAGAAACGAGGUUUGUGCAAAAUAAUGCAUAUCGAUACUGAAUACUACAAAUUUUAUGAUCAUCAACAUCAUAUCCAUUCAAAAAUUCAAAACAGCAUACAGUCAACUCUCGCCAUGCGGACACCCCGCUAUAACGCACACCUCGAUAAUACGGACAGCGGCUAAAUCCCGGGCAAAAAUAAAUUACCGAUGUUUGACUGAAAUAAUUUCCCGCUAUUACGGACUCUCACUAGUGAGGACACUAACUCGAAGUCCUUACGGUGUCCGCAAUAAAGGGAGUUGACUGUAGUGGGCAGGAACACGUACCUCUCAGUAUCUCUUAUUUGAAUAAAAUCUUACCUUACGAUUUCUUCCACUGACUCAAAAGAUAGAACUACCUUGUGCAGCAUAAUAAACAGUACCACAGGGAAGUACUGCUCAGUAGCUCUCAUUUCAAUGAUCACACUAUAGGAUAUCAUUCACAGACUCAAAAGUUAGAACCUCACCUUGUACAGUAUAAUAAACAGUACCUCAGGAAAGUACUGCUUAGUAGCUAUUAUUUGAAUGGUCACGAUUUCAUCCACAGUGUCAAAACUUAGAACUAUACCUUGUGCAGCAUAAUUAACGGUCCCACAGGAAAGUACCAUAGGAGCUUGCGAAUAUGCCUGUUUAUAUGUAAAUGUAAAUGUAAAUGUAAAGUACUACUCAGUAGCUUUCAUUUGAAUGGUCACACUGUAGGAUUUCAUCCACAGACUCAAAAGUCAGUUAGAACCACCUUGUACAGCAUAAUAGACAGUAACACAGGAAAGUUCUACUCAGUAGCUUUUAUUUGAAUGGUCACGCUUAAGGAUUUCAUCUACACCCGUGGGUUAGAACCCUCAUGUAAAACACAAAAAUACCAGAGGAAAAUACCGUUUAGUAGCUGUCAUGUGAACCACGAAUCUAUUUUUUUGUGUGUCCCUGAGAACUGCAGACUAACCGGUCUGUAUUUCUUUCUUGUAGCAAAAAGUGCUAUAGAAAAACUGACAUCACCGGUGAUAAUAGACAACACCAACACACAGGCGUGGGAGAUGAAGCCUUAUGUGUCUAUGGUAAGAUGAUAACUGAGUCGACAACACCCAAUAUUAUCACUGGAUGUUACAUUUUCUUUAUUGGUAGUAAGUUUUCAACUUAUUGAAGUGGAACCGAAGGAGGGAAGGUUGCAGCCAGUCGGCGGCCGGCUCAUUAUUUUUAUUUAUUCGUUUAUUUGUUUAUUUAUUGUUUAUACUGUAUACAGUAACAUCUGUGUUAGUAUACAGGGCUGUCAUUACGUUUUUAAGCAGCCGUAGCAAAUGAACAUUCACCCGUAACAUCGCACAAAAAUUUAUAGUGCCACCUUUAGCAUUCCGCUUUGAUCAACCGUAAGCUCUGAGUAUACUAGUAUACUAUUCAUAAUAUUUACACAUGUAUUUGUGUGAUGCUUGCCCUUUAGGCUUUAAAGCAUGGAUACUUCGUUAAAUUUAUUGAACCGGAUACCUCAUGGAAAAGGAAUGUAAAAGAACUUGCUAGGUAUGUAUGGAAAAAUCGUGAGAAAAACAAACGAACAACUGUAACACAACGAGCAGACAAGACUAGAGAAACACGCUUUGAUUUCGCCUUUUUUUGUGUGGGCGAUGACCGUUUGGUACCUUAUUACAGGUUAAUCUUUCGUAGGUUCUUCUUUGCUGGUACUUACAGUUUGCUACCCUGUGAAAUUUUCAAUGCCGCGUUCCUAGUUGCGGGGAUUUGUAGCACGGAAUAAUGGCUUUGUCGUUUGAAAUGGAUUCUCUUACGUUUUGUGACUUCUUCUAUUUUCACUCGUAGACGUAAUCAACAUGGAGUUACCAUAGAAACCAUAACGAGAAUGAAGGAACGGUUUGAACAAGGUCUUACUGUUGAAAAAAUAAUGAACUGCGAGGGAAAACCUGAUCCUCAUAGAACUGAGAACAAUUAUAAAACUCUAAAAGAGACUGGUGCUAAGAAGCAAAACUUUAGUCUCAGGGCUCCACCGACAUUGCAGAAGGAAGGCUCUCUGGGCCUGGGAAAGAGUGACAGAAAUACCUUUGACUACACCACGUCGGCAGAGAACACUGCUCUGACCAAAGUGGUUCACUCCUCGAAGAGUGUCGACCACCGUGAAAACGAAAAAAACAACGCCUUGGAAGGGAACGAAAUUGACUUUCUAGGUGUAAGAGAGGGUAGCAAAAAAAGCGUUGAAAAUUUGAACAACAGUGAAAAUUCUUCAGAGGAUGAGGAGGACAUCAGUGCAUCUAAGAAUCCGCCAUAUGGGGAUAGUAAAGACGUCCCUGAUGCGGGCAUUAGUCCAAAGCCACAGAGAGUCCCAAGGACCCGAGAGAGGAGAUCGCCAAAUGUCGAACAGCGUAACGAUACCGACAACACUGCGAAAUCUGACAUCCGUGUUCGUGAAAAUUCAGAUGAUGUUACUGGGGAAGAAACUGAGGCUAUCAAUAGUCCUCGGCCUCAGAGAGUUCCAAGGGUCCGAGAAAGGAGAUCUCCAAAUGUUGAACAGCGUAGCGAUACCGACAACGUUAUGAAAUCUGACAUCUGUACUCGUGAGAAUUCAGAUGAUGUUGGUGGGGAAGAAAUGCAGGCUUUCGAUAGUCUGCUGCCCCAGAGACCUCCAAGGGUCCGAGAGAGGAUAUCGCCAAGUGAUCAUGAUCUCGUAACCAUAAGAGCACCGGAGGAUCUCAGUUGUCGCGGCAGCGAUGACAGGCUUCAGUUAAAUAGCAUUGCUAACGCAGUGAGCGAUCCAGAAAAAGGCAGCGCAAGCUUGGAGCUGUCCAAAGAUUCAUUGUCAGCUACUGAUAGACCUAUCUUUUUGCCACCCUUUUUUAAGGGGGACAACGAAGACGACAGUGAAGAAGUUGCUCUGGCAUCUGAAAAUUCUAAGUCAUCGAUGCCAUUCGUUGACUUUGCAUUUCCAUCGGACAGUUCUCCGGAGCUCUACAGCGCAUUCUUGUCCAAUGCUUCUUCCUUGAACUCAGGCAAAUCAAACAGAGUGACAGAUAAACGUCUUGGGGAAGAUUUUGAAGUAAAGGGGUCUAGUGAAGAACAAGCCACUUGUAACCUGCCACCUUCUGAUAAAAGCACAAGUUUGGCUCGGAUGUGUUACGUCGAUAAAGACGCCAUGGAAGGGGCAAAUAUCGGGUUCAAACAUCGCGAACCUACUGAGAAAAAAUCAGUUGCCUUUCCCCCACCUUUGUCGACUAUUUUGGCUUCUGCUUCAAAAUCAAAGCAAAAAAAGCUAUCAGCCUCCAGCACCAGUCAGAAACAGUCCGUAGAAGAUGCAGAAAACUAUAGUGAAGAAACUGACGUGAAACAACUUAAGGAACCAACUGUUUAUAGACCAGAACGUGUAUGUAGUGACAAUGUCACCCAAGAAAACAGGUAUCAACCGACAAAAGAUAUGUUAAGCGACGUACAUAAUCUGCGCCAUGAGGCAGAAGACGCUUCCCCCGGGUACUCGGCGAAUGAUUUCUCCACUGGUGUGGAGUUUUUAAAGACCUGUUUCCCGGAUAUUGAAAGUGACGUUAUAAGCGCGUUGUUGACGGAUACAAGCGGAGACGUAAUGAAGGUAGUCAAUGAAUUGCUGGCGGAUGAAAGUGAUUUAGUUUCCUUCCCUGUAGGUGAGACAGACCUUAGCACACAGCAGUCUCAGGAUUCUCAAAUCGUAGCUUCUCAGAAUCUUCCAUUGAAAUCGUUGAACGGAAGUUUAAAAUCAGUUAAGCCGAUUGAUGAAUCGCAUGUGGCAGGUGAUCACACUCAUGAAGUGAGAUCCCAAAGUUCUGCUGUGCGAGAAGUGAGCGAUAUUCCGAGAGAAAUAUCGGCACAAGUGGAUCAGACAAAUCAACCCAGGUCCAUGGAGUCAAGUCCUCUCGCUAAGACCCAGUCUUCUAGUCGGAGCACUUUUCAGCUGACACUUGAACCCGCGAUAGCACUGCACCUGGUAGAGCUGUUCGGACCCUUCACUGGAGUCAACUUUCAAGGUUUGCGCACUUUUAAGUUCUCUUGUAUUCACACUUUUUUUAGUGUGGGGAUUGCAUGGCCCGAUAAGAUCCGCUGUGCAAGGAACUUAAACGAUAUCUUUUUCCUGCUUCACAGAGGAUCUGAGCCUUGAAGAUCUUAUCAUAGACGUGGACAAUACAUUAGCGAAACAGUUGUACAAAAGAUGGGAGAAGAGCAUCCAGGUUCAUUUCAUGUGAUACUUAAACUAAACUGCUUACUUACUAGAGUUAAAAGCGGAAACAAGAAUAAUUUAGGUUCCCAUUUUUCGUAUUUUGUUUCAGAAAAGAAAGGGGAUUCCAGUUGAUAAAAAAGGUAAUGCAUUGGUCUUUCAUGCUAUACAAGAUUUUCAAUGGUUUUGGUGAUAUUUUUAACUUUCUUGAGGCUUCGUAACUUUCUAGAGGUUUCGUAGGAAGUCUAAACUCCUUCCUAGUUUAAAAAGUCACCUCAUUGAGACCGGCUCUUCUUGGAGAGGUUUUUGUUCUAAAGAGAAUAGUAACAGAGAAAAUAACUUAAGUACGGCAGGGACCAACUCAGUAGUGUCCUUUUUAGGGAGGUGCCCGUUUAGAUAGUCGAAGAAGUGGCUAGUCACGAUUUGACAAAAAAUUGACAUUUCUUUUUUAAAAUGCAGAAAUACAAAUAGUACUUUGUGAAAGUAUUGCCAAAUAGGUUUCUUUUUAAUGGUCGCACGUUAGGAUUCUGUUCACCAACUCAAAAGUUUGACCACUUUAUAAACUCCUUUAUUCACUAUGGGAGUAAAAAGGUUUUAAACGUCUUUUAUCUACAUAUACGAAUAGCUCCAUUUUCCGUAAUUUCUGUUUUAUUGUCUACACUUUUUCCAUAGUUAAGUCACCGCGAGCAAAUAAGAAACCGGCAGAUUCCAGUUCACGUUUUUUAAACGAAAUCCAGUCUUCUUCGGACAGUCACCGGCCACCCCAGCAGUUACGGACUGAGCUUCAAUCAGGUAAUAAUUGCAGCAAUUAUGCUUAAAUUCAAUCGACUGUAUUUAUAAUGCCCAUUGUCCUCUAUGUUGUUCUGUCAGGUAACUUGAGGGAGAUCAUGGACGAACAACUUGCUCUAGAGCUGAGCAGAACUGCAAACGUAAGUACACGUAGCAUUGCUUAAAAGUCAUUUUCUAUUAGGCGUUUCUUUUGAGAAGAAGAAAAAUUUAGGUUUCUGGGAAACUACCCACCUACUCCUCACCAAAGCCAACAUUAACUCUUACUUCUCCCUAAGGGCAAAAUGUUGGCUCAGGGAAGGGUAGGUGGGCAGUUUCCCAGAAGCCUGAAUCGACUCGAAGAUAUCCAGGUACUUCAAGACCAGCGUUAAAAGGAAACGGUGCCGAUGAGAAGACAAGAAACCGUUUCCGUACUGCUUACUUUGAGAGUUUGUAUUUUCAAAUAUGGCUCCAAAACGUUCUAUUAAAGCGAAUGAAAGUCGAAACAAUAUCUUUUAUACCUUUUUCUCUGCUAGAAAAAGAAAAAAGAACUGUUGCGGAUAUAUUUUUCUUUAUUUAUUGCUAUUGUAAGGUCGCAGAUGUGAAUGGACAAGACAUUGCCAUCAACCUGAAGAGGCGGAAACUUUUUGAAAUGUUUCCUGGUGUCGAUCCGACGGCCUUAGAGGAAGUAUUCCAAGCUAAUCAGUAAGUUUGUAGUUAUAAAUGGUUAAUUAAUGACCUUUGUGAUUGCAGAGCCCUUGGUUGGUAAAUUCGGGUGCGCUCGAAUGACUGUAUUUUGGAAAUAGGAAUGCAUGGAAUAAUCAGGAAUUUUCGUUCGGUUGACCUACCAUCUUAAAAUUCUGAAAUAAGCAGAAUAUAUUCCAAACAUUUUGAUCCAGGGAGCCUGCCUGGAAUAGAAUGAAAUAAUGACUCCAUUUUCCUCGUGUUGUGGCUUGUUUUCACAGCAACAAAGAAAAUGGCGGUAAACAAACAAACAAACAAACAAACAGAACUAAACUUCUUGCGCCCAUUUUCCUGCGCCUCGCCUGUAUGGUUGCCAUCUUUUCCCGCGCUAAGUACAAACGUUUCCCGCGCCGUGUUUCGGAGGUUAAGUGUUUCCCGCGUUGAUAAUACCACUCGACAACUUUCAAUAGCCAGAACGGCAACAACAACUACUACUACAACAACAACAACAGUAGAUGUGUUCUUUUAUCUUUAUAGAUUUGAAUUAGGCCCCUCCGUAGAAGUUGUAAAGGCGUCUUGUAAUUUGUCCGGUGAGGGAAUUCCUAACACGGUAGUCGCUCCUGGUUUAAGAAAUAAAGAGAAGGCGAAAAGAAAGGUAUAAAAAUGCGUCGUGACUUGUCUUCAGAGAAAUAUAUUGAAAAUAAAAAUCAGCCAAGCCAGGGUGAAACUUCGAACUACACAAAGGACAAACCCAAUACACCCUUCAACGCCAGGGUUUUUCAACUUUUGACAUGGACCAGUUAGGGGAAGACUUAGUUGCGGAUCCAGAUCUUAAGAUAAGGGGCGGGGGACAGGUCCGGUCAUCCAGACCCUGAUAUAAGAGGUGGUGGUGGCGGGGGGGGGAGGGGGGGGGUCUUAAUUUUUUUUCGGCCAUUCGGGGCUCAGUUUGGUCUGAAAAUAAGGAGGGGGGUACCGGCCCCCCCCCCCCCCCCCCCCCCCCCCCCCGGGGCCCCCCCCCCCCCCCCUCCCCCCCCCCCGCAAAAAACCCACAAACAUAAAAAAAAUAGCAAAGUUAAAAGUAAAACAUUCUAAAAAAGAAAAAAUAAAUACCCCAAAAAGGGAGAAAAUUUAUAAACGGUUUGUUGGACAGUCAGACCACCCCUGCCACCGGCACCUGCGCACGAUACAACACUAAAACUAGAGUAAACCCGAGAAAAAGCGACAGAACGUCAAAAAAAUUUUCAACUUAAAAGGUAAAAUGGCUUAUGGCGAGGAACAUGUGGCACCGAAAAGGGGCGAACAUUUUACAACGUUUUUGUGGGGGGGGGAGGGGGGGGGGGGGGCAGACCUUUCAACUCUCACGGUCUGAGCAGUCAACUCAUGGUCUCACGAUUUAGCUUCCAAAUUUCACGUUGAAUCAGAAAAUUGAAAAUUACUAGACAAUUCCAGUAGGAAUUGCGUAAUUUAAAAAAAAAUGUCUUCAUAAUAGACGAUUUGUAUCAAUCUAAUUUUUUUGGGGGAAGCCUGAGUCCAAUUCCAAACUCAUUCCCAUAGAAUGUAGGUUCGCUGAGGUUCGGUAAGGUCUGCGAAGGGGGCGGGGGAGGGCAAGUUUGUGCCCCACACCAUACAAACGUCGUUUAUAUAAUGUCUAGGCUCCUAAACUCUAAUCCACACAGUCUCCAGAUUCUAAAACCUCCAGUGAUUAUGCCAAUUUUUCCCGUUUACACCAGUUUUAUUCGUGUGUUUUAAUUUGGUAGGAGCCUGAAGAAGACUGGAGCUGGUUAUAUUCAGACGGUAGGCUGUGUAAAUUAACAUCAUAUUUAACAACUAUUCCUCGAGCCUGAAUGGGCUCUGAGUUAAUAGCCCAUGAGGCCGAAGGCCGAAUGGGCUAUUCACUCAGAGGCCAUGCGGGCGAGAGGAAUAAUUGUUUUAGUAAAAUCCAACUAGUUGGUCAAAAAUAUCGAGAAUAAAAAAUCUUUUAGCUAGUUAAAGCUAGACUUUAAUCCUUUUUUGCCGCCAAAAAGCUCGCGCUUUUCGUUACUAGUGGGCUAUAACAUAUAGCCUAGUAGUAGCUCAACCAAUCAGAACGCAGCAUUGAUAACAGACCACCAGCUGGAUGUUACUAAAAGUUAUUAGGUGCAGUCGAGCUCGAUUAUCCAGAAUUGGUGGAACUGGGGGUAAAAAAGAACAAUAGACGAGGGUCCGUUUGAAUCACAAUAAGACCAACAGUGACACUGACUAAAGAAGAAAACUUAGAUUUAAUUGUGCUCAACGUUAUAAACUUCAGGGUGUAGUACCUCUUACCUGAAUGGACUUCAUCACUUACAACGUGUACGAGUCCUCCUUCACUUACAUAAUUAGGUAAAAUGUUAAAGGUAUUUUUUAUCUCUUGAGUGAAAAUAAACGCCACCCAGAAAUCGUCUUUUUCAGGUUUAAACAAUUUCACUCCUUAAAACUUUAAGCCCCAAGACUUACGAACAUCAGUUUUCUCCUAACAACGUUAGUCCGUAAACUAGCCUGAGAAAACAGCCGACAUUUCGCGACGCAGCCACUGGUUUCUCCGCGAAAUGACGUCUGAGCAAUGAGCGCAGAAAUUCCCUUCUGAGAACGUGUUACUACCCAGAUGUAGGUAGUGCUUCUGAUUGGUUGAAGCAAAUUUCUCACGAGGCACCACCAAUCAGAAGCACUGCCCAGAUCUCGGAAGUGACGGGUCAUCUUAGACUAUUCAUAAACAAGAGAAAACUUUUGUGCUCUGUAGUAUAUCGAUGUAGAAAAAGUUAAUAGGGUUGUCUCGAGGAAGCUGUAUCUUUGUUUCAGUCCUGAUUUUGAUGUUUAUGAGUGCUGGUUUGAAACCUUUACUUGCUAUGUUUGAUUUCAGAUUCCUCGCGGUCAGAAACGGAGUCAGGCCCGUUCCAGACCCUUGAGACGCCAAGUUAUCGGGAUUACCGCGCGGAAGCUUUUCAGCACUACAAGCAAAGAGACGAGUGUUUCAAGAAAGCCGCUCUGGCUUUCUCCAAGAAACAAGGACAACUGGCCCAGGUGUAUGCUCAACAGGUACAUGUGCAUAUUUGGAAAGUGGUAAAAAAUCUAUGCAACCAAGGAAUCUUGGGGGUAGGGGUAGCCUACGUGUAACCGCACCCUCCCCCCUCCCGUCAAAGGAAGAAAAGGAGAGAGGGAGCGUUUACGAAAGGCUGGCACGAAUCGUGUUAUGUGACGUCACUCCUAAUUUAUGCAAUUUACACAAAUACUUUUAUUUUAUGCGAAGGAGGCGGGUCUCUGUUUUUCUUUUGUCGGUUGGGAGGUUGCGGCUACUUGUAGGCUUGGGUGGGGGCCUUGUGUUUUCUGUUAUUGCUCGCUCAGUUGAGUUUGCGGUUUACACUUACUGAAUGUAGCUAAUGACUAUAAUUUUUAUUUUUAAUCCACCUUUGUAUUUCAGGGCCACAUGCACACAGAGAAAAUGAAAGAAGCCAAUGCAAGAGCUGCGGCACUUAUCUUGGAACAAACGUAAGAGUAACCAAGAGUUCUUUUUCAUUCUUAUUGGCUGUUAACCGCCAAUAUAAUUCUGAUAGUUUGCAGAGCUGCAUUGGAAGGAUUCAGCUCAUGAUUUCGAAUCAGUUUAAGCAUUUUCACAUAUCGCCAUUCGUGUCUUUUUCCGUUGCCUAACAUAACAUUUUGCCACGUUUUCUAUGUUGUGUACUUGAAGUUCUCCGGCGCUUACUAUACACGUGCGUGACGUUUUCCCAUUCGUGCUCUUUGUGUUACUGGUUUUCCCUUGUUACUUUAUGAUUGCAUUUGCACUUUCUUGGUCACAAUUUUUAACGAACUUAACAUCGCUUACAAUUUCCAUAACGCUUUCCUCAUUUUGAAAUGAUGCAAACCUUUUUAGGAACAAGUAUUCGGACGAGAACACCAUUGAUUUGCAUGGCCUACACGUUACAGAAGCCGUAGAAGCUCUGGAAAACAUGUUGAGUGAAAGGAAAGGUACUGAAAUUAAAAACCAAACGCUGAUUUUUGCCCCCGCAGCUAAGCGAAAUCGCGAGGGAGCAUCCUAGUAGCUCGCGCGUAUAAAUAGGAAAGUACUUAACAGCUGAAUUAUGCAGUCGGUAUACCAGAAAAACCUCGAUUUGUUAAAAACAGAGACUGCACGGAAUCGUUGGAUAAUGAUGACGUUUCAAGUAUGAAAUGGUUAGGAUGACCUUAAACAGAAAAUACCCGAAGGGACCGCUUUGGUUGAUUUUUUUGACACUUAUUGUACAGUCCUAGUUCGAUACUCGUUUGUGUUACGUGUGUUCAGUGACAUUUUGUGGAGCAGCUGUUUUGAAACAUGCGGACCCAAAGACACUCGUUAAGCGUGUUAAACGUGGGUGAAGGUAUAAGGGGCGUAUAACUGUAUAUAAGGACUUGGAGGCUUGCCAGACACAAGUUUUUCAUUCACAAACCUUUGAUUGGAAAUAAUCGCUUUGAUUAUCAGAUCACUAUCGAGGUCAAGUCGUGUUUCGCAAAAGUUCCGCCUUGGAAUUUAAAGGUGUGGGAAAAAAGAUAGUUUUUUUUGUUGUUUCAGAAAAAGGCUGUAAGGCAAUUUCUGUGAUAACUGGACGAGGAAAUAACAGUCGUGGUGGAAAAGCUCGUAUAAAGCCUGCCAUCUUGGAAUACCUUAAGAAAAAUAACUACAAGUAAGUAAACAUGUUUUAUAGACCGGCUGUUGUCGUAUUUAUCAUUAUGAGCCCUGGUGGAUACUUCGUUCGCGCGCUCUGUAAUCUGCAUGAGGCGUAUUUAUUACAACCUGAUUACAACUUACAAGAAUACAAUGACAUACAAACACAACAGAAAGUAAAGAGAAAUGCCACAAGGAUGGUCUGCAAAAGCGUCAAAGACUACAGACAGAGCAC